AUGGAGAAUGGUAUGUCGUCGUUACCCGAUUUGGAACUUAUAAAAUAUUUAUUUGCGAAACCAGGACUUUUGUUGAAACAUAAAUUUGCAUACCAGUUGGCUAGCGCAGUAUCAUAUUUACAUGAAGAAGAAAUUGUGCAUCGUGAUUUGCAUUCUAAUAACAUAUUAAUUUAUCAACAUGCUAUUAAACUAGCGGAUUUUGGAUUGUCUAAAAGAAUUGAAGAAGCAACUAAAAAACAUUCAGAAGUAUUUGGACGUUGGCGUGCUGUUAUGGGAGAUAUCAAUCCUUUUUAUGUUAAAGAUGAAGAAUAUGGCGUUAGUUUAGCUAUAAACAUUUUACAAGGACUCAUAGAAAGUGUCAUUCCUGGUACUCCUGAAUAUUAUGUAAACAUUUAUACAG